AUGUCCGCCAGGAUGCUGCUCUCUAGACGAACGACAAGUCAAGCCAGUUGCAUGGCUUUCACUCGAGGCUUCUCCACUAGUUACCCUCGCAUGACACCUACCAAGCGUAGGAGACCAGAAGACGAAAUUCACAGACCGUCACUUUCAGGCUCUUCAGUCGGUCACUUAUUCUCCGAAAUCAAUGCCAUGAGACCUGGCAUGGAAGCUCUUCGAGCGGAUGGGAUGUCCGAGGAUCAACGAACUUAUGCUCGCAAGACCGCUACAUGGUUGAUGGGAGUCCCGGUUGUCCUUGGUACCCUGAUUGUGGGUGGAAAUUGGAUCAUGAAGGACAGAGAGGACAGUACUGGAUCAUGA